AUGACAGAUAUCCAUAUCCGUAGUGACAGGAAGUUCCACUGGGUGAUUGGAGAUGAUGUGGACACCACGGCCAACACAGGGAAUGAUCACACCAAUGACACCCAACUGCUAUUCUGUCCUAGCUUGUCCUGGAGCAUCACUCUGAUUCUCACACCUCUCCAUCUCCCCUCUGAUUCUCACUCCUCUCCAUCUCUCCAUCUCUGAUUCUCAAUCCUCUCCAUCUCUCUCCCUCCACCUCUCCCCUCUCCUUCUUCCCUUCCACCAUGAGCCUGAGGUCCAAGCAUAUCUCCAGCUCCAGUGGCCACCACAGCAGCCCUCUCCACUCUGCCUGCUGGCCCCUCUCAACUUGGAGAUCGACCCCAACCUGCAGGUCACCCGCAUCCAUGAGAAGGACCAGAUCAAGGGCCUCAACAACCGCUUCGCCUCCUUCAUCGACAAGGUCUGUGUGGUUGUUACUUAAUCAGGAUAGUCCACACAGUAGCAAUAAUUGAACUGUUUUCCAGGGAGUCUUAUGUCUAUAAUGGUUUUCCUCUGUCUGAAUGAGCUACAAAAGGACUGAAAGCCAACUUGGUUUAGCCAUUGAUUGGAAAAAGGCAGAACAAACAGUGAUUGCCAUCUGUUUAUUUUUUCAUUACCACAUUAAAGUAACAGUCUAUGACAAAUCAAAUUCAAAUGUAUUUAAUAAAGCCAUUUUUUACAUCAACAGUUGUCACAAAGAGCUUAUACAGAUACCCAGCCUAAAACCCCAAACAGCAAGCAAUGCAGAUGUGGAAGCACAGUGGCUAGGAAAAACUCCCCAGAAAGGCAGGAACCUAGGAAGAAACCUAGAGAGGAACCAGACUCUGAGGGGUGGCCAGUCCUCUUCUGGCUGUGCCGGGUGGAGAUUAUAAGAGUACAUGGCCAUUAAGGCCAGAUCGUUCUUCAAGAUGUUCAUAGAUGACCAGCAGGGUCAAAGGAUAAUCACAGUGGUUAUAGAGGGUGCAACAGGUCAGCACCUCAGGAGCAAAGAUGAUGAAAGUAAAGGAUUUUUUGAUUGUUUGUUGUUCUGUAUUUCGUUUGACUUUGACUUCGUAUAUCAGUUGGACCCAUGAAAACAAAGUCACCUGCUCUUUCACAGCCGUGGUCAACGAUACACCACUUAGCUUACAUCAUAUCUGACGUUUCUCACGGAAUGGCUAACAGAGUCACAAUAGAGGCUUUGUGCCUGUUCUACUCUACGGAUCACCAGGCUAGUGCACAGCCCUAAGCUUCCUGCAAUAACAAACUCCUAUUCGUCUCAGGAGUUAACCUGAACCCUAGACAUUUUUGAGACAAACCAUGCCCUAUUGGUGCAGGGGAUUUGGGAUGCGAAGCCCAUUUAAAGAUGUCUAAUAACAAGUAAAAUAUAUUUAAAGCACCAUCCCAUGUCCCAUUUCUCUCAGGUCAUUCAGCUCGCUGGUAACCUAAUGAAAACAGGUCAGACGUGGUGUGGUCAUGCAAGACCGGAAAAUUCCCUAGUGUUAAGGGAGGGAGCUUUUGUGUUGAUUGCAGACAAACAAUGGGAAGAAAAUACAGCAGCCUUGGGCAUGAAAUAGAACCUUGGGCAUGAAAUAGAACCUUGAGGAUCUCAGUAGGGCUGACUGACUAGCCAUUACAACCACAAUAACCUCAUUACUGUAGUAUCUACUGUUAUCUACUAUGUAACUACUGUUAUCUAUGGAGUAUCCACUGUUAUCUACUAUGUAACUACUGUUAUCUAUGGAGUAUCCACUGUUAUCUAUGGAGUAUCCACUGUUAUCUACUAUGUAACUACUGUUAUCUACGGAGUAUCCACUGUUAUCUAUGGAGUAUCUACUGUUAUCUAUGGAGUAUCCACUGUUAUCUACGGAGUAUCCACUGUUAUCUAUGGAGUAUCUACUGUUAUCUAUGGAGUAUCUACUGUUAUCUAUGGAGUAUCCACUGUUAUCUACGGAGUAUCCACUGUUAUCUAUGGAGUAUCCACUGUUAUCUAUGGAGUAUCCACUGUUAUCUAUGGAGUAUCCACUGUUAUCUACGGAGUAUCUACUGUUAUAUAUGGAGUAUCUAUUGUUAUCUAUGGAGUAUCUAUUGUUAUAUAUGGAGUAUCUACUGUUAUCUAUGGAGUAUCUACUGUUAUCUAUGGAGUAUCCACUGUUAUCUAUGGAGUAUCUACUGUUAUCUAUGGAGUAUCCACUGUUAUCUAUGGAUUAUCUACUGUUAUCUAUGGAGUAUCCACUGUUAUCUAUGGAGUAUCCACUGUUAUCUACAGAGUAUCCGCUGUUAUCUACAGAGUAUCUACUGUUAUCUAUGGAGUAUCCACUGUUAUCUAUGGAGUAUCCACUGUUAUCUACGGAGUAUCCACUGUUAUCUAUGGAGUAUCUACUGUUAUCUAUGGAGUAUCCACUGUUAUCUAUGGAGUAUCUACUGUUAUCUAUGGAGUAUCCACUGUUAUCUAUGGAGUAUCUACUGUUACAGUGCAUUCGGAAAGUAUUCAGACCCCUUCACUUUUCCCACAUUUUGUUAUCUUACAGCCUUACUCUAAAAUUGAUUAAAUAAAUAAAACCUCUCAUCAAUCUACACACAAUACCCCAUUGUGACAAAGCAAAAACAGGUUUUUAGACAUUUUUACUAAUGUAUUAAAAAUAAAAAACAGAAAUACCUUAUUUACUUAAGUAUUCAGACCCUUUGCUAUGAGACUCGAAAUUGAGCUCAGGUGUGUUCUGUUUCCAUUGAUCAUCCUUGAGAUGUUUCUACAACUUAAUUGAAGUCCACCUGUGGUAAAUUCAAUUGAUUGGACAUGAUUUGGAAAGGCACACACCUGUGUAUAUAAGGUCCCACAGUUGACAGUGCAUGUCAGAGCAAAAACCAAACCAUGAGGUUGAAGGAAUUGUCCGUAGAGCUCCGAGACAGGAUUGUGUCGAGGCACAGAUCUGGGGAAGGGUACCAAAAAACGUCUGCAGCAUUGAAGGUCCCCAAGAACACAGUGGCCUCAGUCAUUCUUAAAUGGAAGAAUUUGGAACCACCAAGACUCUUCCUAGAGCUGGCCGCCCGGCCAAACUGAGCAAUUGGGGGAGAAAGGCCUUGGUCAGGGAGGUGACCAAGAACCGAUGGUCACUCUGACAGCGCUCCAGAGUUCCUCUGUGGAGAUGGGAGAACCUUCCAGAAGACAACCAUCUCUGCAGUACUCCACCAAUCAGGCCUUUAUGGUAGAGUGGCCAGACAGAAGCCACUCCUCAGUAAAAGGCACAUGACAGCCCGCUUGGCAGUUUGCCAAAAGGCACCUAAAGGACUCUCAGACUAUGAGAAAACAAGAUUCUCUCCACAUCUGGAGGAAACCUGGCACCAUCCCUACGGUGAAGCGUGGUGGUGGCAGCAUCAUGCUGUGGGGAUGUUUUUCAGCGGCAGGGACUUGGAGACUAGUCAGAGAAAAUCCACCGUGACCAAAAUGUGGUAUCUUUGAAUCAAAGAGAAAGGCCUCUCUUCAGGGCCACUGAAGACCCUGCAUUACCACGCGCUAUUUCCUCAACUAACUGCUUCUCUUUUCUCCCUGUAGGUGCGUUUCCUGGAGCAACAGAAUAAGAUGUUAGAGACUAAGUCUGACCUGCUGCACGGUAAGCAGACGGGCCGCUCCAACAUCGAGCCGCUGUUCGAGGCCUACAUGGCCAACCUCCGCCGCCAGAUGGACGUGGUCAGCAACAACAAGACCAAGCUGGACGGAGAGCUGAGGAACAUGCAAGGUCUGGUGGAGGACUUCAAACACAAGUAGGAGUCUGUCUGUUCUGUUUCUCUGUCUGUCUAUGUCUGUCUGUCUGUCUGUCUGUCUGUCUGGACGGAGAGCUGAGGAACAUGCAAGGUCUGGUGGAGGACUUCAAACACAAGUAGGAGUCUGUCUGUUCUGUUUCUCUGUCUGUCUGUGUCUGUCUGUCUGUCUGUCUGUCUGGACGGAGAGCUGAGGAACAUGCAAGGUCUGGUGGAGGACUUCAAACACAAGUAGGAGUCUGUAUCUAUCUGUCUAUCUAUCUGUAUGUCUAUCUAUCUGUCUGUCUGUCUGUCAGUCUGUUUAUCUCUCUCUGUCUGGACUGAGAGCUGAGGAACAUGCAGUUUGUGGUGGAAGACUUCAAACACAAGUAGGAGCACCUCUAGUUAUUUUACCAGGAACGUUGGUUGAGUUCUAUUCGUUCUCUUUUUAUCUGGCAAUGACCUGGGGAAGAGUUGCCAGCGAGAGGGGUUUAGUCUGCAGUUUCAUGGAGAAACUCCUGGCCCGGAUUAUGACUCAUUUAUUAUCUGGUGUCAUUUUAACACUGACUAAUAACAAAGUGUGACAGAAGAUGAUCAAAGCCAGAACCUUUCUGACCACAGCCAGUCCCGUGUCGUUCUGGUCUUACCUAGACACCAAGAUGAGAUCAACAAGAGACACAAUAUGGAGAACCAAUUUGUAAAUCUGAAAAAGGUGAGAACAUCACAUUUCUCCAGUGACACCUGAAUUGUGUUUUAAUGGUGCAGUCUCUGAAGUAUAACAUUGAUGCCUUUGGACUCCUUUAUGGACACAAUAUCAUUCUAUGACAUCAACUCGAUGUUGUAUUCAGCGAUACAGUGCUGCACCAUGAGAGUGAGGUUAAGUUAGACAAACACUGCAGAUGAAAGGGCACAGAGAGACAGAGACAACAAUAUGACCAAACCUGCCCCACCUUCUGCGAGAUGAAAAAAACAUAAGCUCAUAGGUAUCAUAUCACCACUGAAAAACGAAAGAACUGGACAUGGGGUGUGUCGGGGGGGUCAAAGAACAUGUCAAACCACCAUGUAAAACGGGUGUGUCGGGGGGUCAGAGAACAUGUCAAACCACCAUGUCAAAACCAAUUUCAGCCUAACUAGUUGCCUUGCAAUGAAACAAUCAGUCUUCGAUAAAUUGCGACUGGUAUGUUUGGACAAGGUACUUGGUGGCCUACUGUUCUUUCAAGGUAUUAGGUUUACAAACAGUAGUAGUAUGUUGUCCUAUCAGGAUGUGGACUCAGCAGACCUGGUGAAAGCAGACCCGGGAGACAAGGUGGGAGCGCUGACUGAUGAGAUCAACUUCCUCAGGUCCAUCUAUGAGGAGGUAAGGUCAUUACUGUAUUACCAAGAAACUACAAUCCACAAAUGUGGUCCUUUAUGGCUCAGGCAGUUGGUGAGAGUGAGUGGCUAUCAAUGCCAAGGUUGUGGGUUCAAAUCCUGCAAUGAUCAUAUGCAAAAAAUGUAGGAACUCUCGUUACUGUAAGAUCCUUUGGAGUGUUAGAAUGUUUGUUUACCUACCCAAAUGUUAGUUCACCUCUCCAUACAUCCAGGAGCUGCGUGAGCUGCAGGUCAGUAUCAGGGACACCUCUGUCGUGGUGCAGAUGGACAACAGUCGCGACCUCAACAUGGACCAGAUAGUGGCUGACGUCAAAGCUCAGUACGAGGACAUCGCUGUUAAGAGCCGAGAGGAGGCUGAGAUGUGGUACAAGUCCAAGGUGAACAACAGUUGGCUAUUCUAGGAUUGAAGUGGUUAAGAGGAAUUUUGUUUCACUACAUGGAAAUCAAUUCCCAUUACACACAUACUGAACCGAGCUGUCCUGCUCUGGCCUGGUUACACAUCCAUCCAUAGCAGCUGGAACCAUGUUUGAAGGACAAUGGGAAAGGAAAAGAUCAGAGUCUAAAAUGUGUGGUUUGGCAGAUAGUGCGAAGAAGAUGCAAGAGAACUAGGCCUCUCAGAGUAGGAGUGCUGAUCUAGGAUCAGUUUAUCCUUUUAGAUCAUAGUGAAUAACAUUAUUUGGACCUGAUCCUAGACCCGCAGUCCAACUCUGAGAUACUUUGUGGAUACGGGCCCUGAUUUUCGGGGCCUUCAAGUAAUGCAAGUUGUGUUUUGAUCUCAUUUGGAUCAGAUGGCCAUCCAGGCCACCCAGUGUGGAAACGAGCUGAGGAACACCAAGGGAAAGAUAGCAGAAAUCAACCGCUUGAUCGGCCGUCUGCAGAGUGAGAUGGAGGCUGUCAAACAACAGGUAGUUCACUUAUUAUAUAAUGCUAUAUGGUUUAACUGCUUUGAGGCACAGUAAUUUCAAACAAAAACAUGUAUGCAGUACAUACCCUGCCAGAUGGGAUCUACUUUAUCGGAUAUAAGAUUCAGCAGCCACUAAGGCUGUAAGUGCCACUUGGUGUGUAAGUCGCUCUGGAUAAGAGCGUCUGCUAAAUGACUAAAAUGUAAAUGUAAAUGUAAGCAAGAAAGUAAUGCCAUGGAGUUGAUGCAACCUUAACCCUGGUGUUGAUGUCCCUAAUGUCCCGUAGAGUGUCAACCUGGAUAACCAGAUCGCUGAUGCUGAGGGCCGCGGGGAGCUGGCUGUGAAGGAGGUUAAAUCCAAGAUCAGAGAUCUGGAGGAUGCUCUGCAGAGGGCCAAGCAGGACAUGGUCAGGCAGCUCAGAGAGUACCAGGACCUGAUGAACCUCAAGCUGGCCCUGGACAUAGAGAUAGCCACCUACAGGAAACUACUGGAGGGAGAGGAGGACAGGUAUGGAGGGAGAGGAGGACAGGUAUGGAGGGAGAGGAGGACAGGUAUGGAGGGAGAGGAGGACAGUUAUGGAGGGAGAGGAGGACAGUUAUGGCAGUAUGGAGGGAGAGGAGGACAGGUAUGGAGGGAGAGGAGGAGGUAUGGAGGGAGACGAGGACAUGUAUGGAGGUAUGUAGGGAGAGGAGGACAGGUAUGGAGGGAGAGGAGGACAGGUAUGGAGGGAGAGGAGGACAGGUAUGGGGAGAGAGGAGGACAGGUAUGGAGGGAGAGGAGGACAGGUAUGGAGGGAGAGGAGGAGGUAUGGAGGGAGAGGAGGACAGGUAUGGAUGUAUGGAGGGAGAGGAGGACAGGUAUGGAGGGAGAGGAGGACAGGUAUGGAGGGAGAGGAGGACAGGUAUGGAGGGAGAGGAGGACAGGUAUGGGGAGAGAGGAGGACAGGUAUGGAGGGAGAGGAGGACAGUUAUGGCGGUAUGGAGGGAGAGGAGGACAGGUAUGGAGGGAGAGGAGGACAGGUAUGGAGGGAGAGGAGGACAGGUAUGGAGGGAGAGGAGGACAGGUAUGGAGGGAGAGGAGGACAGGUACGGAGGGAGAGGAGGACAGGUAUGGAGGUAUGGAGGGAGAGGAGGACAAACCCCUUGAGUUUUUCCAUGUUUUGUUACGUUACAGCCUUAUUCUAAAAUUGAUUAAAUAAAUAACAAUUAUCAUCAAUCAACACACAAUACCGACAAAGUGAAAACAAGUUUUUAGAUUUUUUUGCAAAUGUAUUAAAAAUAAAAAACUGAAAUACCAUAUAUUCAGACCCUUUGCUAUGAGACUCGAAAUUGAGCUCAGGUGCGUUCUGUUUCCAUUGAUCAUCCUUGAGAUGUUUCUAUAACUUAAUUGGAGUCCACCUGUGGUAAAUUCAAUUGAUUGGACAUGAUUUGGAAAGGCACACACCUGUGUAUAUAAUGUCCAUAGAGCUCCGAUACAGGAUUGUCGAGGUACAGAUCAGGGGAAGGGUACCAAAAAAUGUCUGCAGCAUUGAAGGUCCCCGAGAACACAGUGGCCCUCCAUCAUUCUUAAAUGGAAGAAGUUUGGAAUCACCAAGACUCUUCCUAGAGUUGGCCGCCCAGCCAAACUGAGCACUCAGGGGAGAAGGGCCUUGGUCAGGGAUGUGACCAAGAACAUGAUGGUCACUCUGACAGAGCUCCAGAGUUCCUCUGUGGAGAUGGGAGAACCUUCCAGAAGGACAACCAUCUCUGCAGCAACUCCCCCAAUCAGGCCUUUAUGGUAGAGUGGCCAGACGGAAGCCACUCCUCAGUAAAAGGCACAUGACAGCCCGCUUGGGAGUUUGCCAAAACGCACCUAAAGGACUCUCAGAUCAUGAGAAACAAGAUUCUCUGGUCUGAUGAAACCAAGAUUGAAGUCGUUGGCCUGAAUGCCAAGCGUCACAUCUGGAGGUGAAGCAUGUUGGUGGCAGCAUCAUGCUGUGGGGAUGUUUUUCAACGUCAGGGACUUGGAGACUAGUCAGGAAGGAGGCAGUAAUGUAACAAAAUGUGUAAAAAGUCAAGGGGGUCUGAAUACUUUCCGAAUGCACUGUAAAUAUACAGUUUAUAGAGGUUUUAUACAAAUGUUCUGUAUAAAUAGCCUCUAAAAUAUAUGUUAACAGACCAUAAAUCUACAUGUUUGUUUUCGUGGAAAGCUAUUAUAUGAUACAGUAUCAGUACCUGUUGCAUUUACAACUUGUAUAAGUCCUAUCAUCAACUGAUUUCAGCCAGUGUAUGGCUGUGGAUUGACUGCAUUGUUGGAAUGGAAUGUUGGCAUAUUGGCAGUUAAUUUGAAAAAUCAUUCCUCUAAAACUGACUGGCUAGCUAAUAAAAAUAAAGUGCAGAUAAAUGCAUUAUUUUACAUAAUAUCUUAUCACAGCAGUAGCAAACCAUGGUUGACCAACUCCCUGACCUUUAUACCGUCAUAAGAAGGUUCAUGUCCAUUCUAGUAUUCUAAUUCCUAAUUCUAUGCUCUAACCAUUAGACUGCCACUGGUGUGUUCUAUUCAGGUUCUAAAAGUAGCAGUAACAAACAGCAGCUUCAGCUCCCCAACACCAAGCUGCUGAUUAAAACGACUGAACAAAGAGACAACUCCAGAUUCAGCUCUCACUGAAGAACCCUCAGAUCCUUCUGGCUGAGGAUGAAGAACCGUUACCGGUAUGUGAGAGUUUAUAUCAGAUAAAUUUCACAUGUAUUGCUCCUUUUGUUUAUCUACAUUCUGUAAUGAGCAUGGAGAGUAUACCAUAAGAUUAUGAUUCACGAUCUAAUAGUUUUGAUUUUGUAGCUAGUUGUUUGUAGCUAGUUGUUUGUAGCUACAAACUUUUGAUUGUUCUUUCUGUAAAGAAAACACAAAUUGUAUGACAAACUUGACAAAGAUGUUUUUUCCUCACCACAGUUUCAACUGGUCAUUUCAUGUCAAUGUCAAAUAUUUUUACAUUACAAUUAACACAGCUCGUGCUACUUGCUGUAACACAUGGGAUGCUGUAGAAGUUUUUAAAUAAAGAACAAGAGAGUAUUCAAUGGCUAUAAUGUAAAUAAAAAAGCUUCAUCCUCAGGCAGAGAGAGAAUGGUUCUUUUCUAAUAAUUUAAUAUGAACUUUGAGAGAGAUCCCUGAAGGAAGGGGGUCAUGUUAUUUGAAGAGUUAUCAUGCUUUGGAGUAGUAAAUUCAUGUUUUUUUUACAUCCCAAAAAAUAAAAAAUAUCAAAUUAAUUUCUCAGAGAGAGACAUACACACAUAUAUAUAUAUAUUCACACAUUGUUGAUUAAUAACUGUUAGCCAAAACAUACCCACUAUGAAGAAGAAAAUAGAGCAAGAUCAGUUAAAUGUAUAGCUGAAAGCAUGCACUAGGUAUGGUGGUAUUACAAGUAGUAACAAAAUAGUAUUAUUGCCUCCUAGUGUUCAAUCGAAAUACUGGUCCUUCACUGUGCUUAAAGACUCAGAAUCUGGAGUUCCUUCCCUGCACAUACACAUUUCCUGAGGACCUUGUCACUUCAUUGUCAAGGAAGACAUUUUCAACGGUUUUCAGAUUACUCCUUUAUGACAAUCAUUAUAACAGAUACUACAAGUCCAGUCACUUUAUCUACUGGGAUAGAUGUAGGUCUACCGUCUCGCUUCUCCUGAAGAGCAGCAAUCUACGAUCCCAGCUGGUACUACCAAAACACUGCAUCAGUGCCAUCCCACAGUGUUUCUCUAAGUGUUCCCUGGCUUGUUCUGCCACAUCUCCUCUGAUCUUUAACUCCUUGAAGUGGUCAAAGUCAGACCGCCCUAGCUUCCUCAGCCUCCUGGCAGCCGAGCGGUAGCACUUCCAGGGCUGGGCCUCCAGGAGAAGGUGUUGGCUGACGGAUGCCAGCCGGGAGAGGAGCCCCAGCAGGGCAGCGUCUCCAUGGUUCAGGUGGACCCACAUGGUAACAGCCAGGCACAGGGAGAGGUGGAAGCGGAAGCAGCCAUGUUGUCUCAG